CACCUCGUUCGGGAUGGGAGGGGAGCUUCCGGUCCUCGCAAGGCCGCUUCCUGCUGUCGGGGGUUUAAACGCGCAGGCGGUCGCACGGAGCCCCUAGCUCUUUUCUUGGUCCAGGUUCUGGUGGGGUGCGAGCUGAGGUAGAUAAAUGCCAUUUUAUGAUGAGCCUCAAAACCUUGUGGAAGGACUACAAAGUUCUGAUUGUUAUGGGAACUAGCCUUGGGCUGGUGCACUGGUCAUGGUUCCACAUCAAGUCCAGUCCUCUUUUUCAAGUGAAGACAGAGGAGAUUGUUCCAGAACCUGGGAUUGUGGCAUACGUAAUGCAACGCGAUCGCAAAAAUAAGGAAAAAUAGCGUCAGGGUUGUGUGUUGUAGAUAUAAUUAGCUUUGAAGCUUUUCACCUGUGAGUGUUGCCAGAAGAGGAGAUGAGGAAAGCUAACUGGAGUAAAAAGAACUUUCUGCUUGUGGCAGGACUGUCACUUAUAGGUGUCCAUUUUGGAACCAUGCUUGUAAACUUUGUUGCAAAAAAAUCUGCUCGAUCACAUUCAGAAACGAAGAGAGAUGAUCGUCGUGAAUGAAAUAAUUUACAGCUGUCAUUAUCAAUUUCACAGUGGGAUUUAAUGCUCAUUUUGAGAUGGCUGGUGAGCAGAAUCAAAUGUACUCAGCGUACUGUUUUACAUUUAAAAUAGUAAUCUUCUUCAGCAAAGAAGAAAAAUGUACUACUUUGAAGUGCUAUGAAUGCUAGAUCCAAGUAAAAAUGAAAUCUCUUUUAUCAGAAUUAAAAUCUUAUUUUGAAAAUGUCUCGUCUUGAAGCUAAAAAGCCUUCAUUAUUUAUUAGUGAACCCUUAACUACAGUUAGUCAGCCACUGUCUCUGUUAACUGCGAUAUUAAAAUCUUGCUAUGGGCCUGCUGGUAGACUUAAACAGCUCCACAAUGGUGUGGGAGGCUAUGUUUGUAUAACAUCACAAUCUUCAGCCAUCCUUGGUCGUCUUUCUGUCAGUCACCCUGUAUUAAAGGUUUUGACAGCCUCUGUACAGAACCAUGUAUCUCGCUUCAGUGACUGUGGCUUAUUUACUGCUGUUCUUUGCUGUAGCCUGAUUGAAAACUUUAAAAACCUAAAUAUUGCAUCUUGCACUGUCAUAAAAGUAAGCAAACAUCUUCUGAGUUUAUGUACUGACUACCUCAAGUCUGAGGCCUGUGGUUGCCGAGUAUCUGUGGAUUUUAGUAAUCUUGAGACUCUUCUUUGUUUGGUACGUAGCAUAUUAACAAGCAAACCUGCUUGCAUGCUUAAUAAAACAGAGGUUGAUUAUCUCGCUGUGCUGAUUGUAAAGGCUUUUAUGUUUACUGUUCCAUGCCAGCCUGAAACUAAGCCUGUUUUAGGAAAAUGUGUAACAGUACCUGUGAAAGGUAGAAGAGUUCUGGAUUCUACAGUUAUUCCUGGACUGUUGAUAGAAACACCAGAAAUUCAAUUUGCAAAACCAUUUUCUGUCAAAAGAAUUUCUUCUGAUACUGUCAAGGUGGCAGUUUUCUGUGUGUCCAUGUCGGGAGACCUCUUUGACCCAGAAGAAGGAACAGUAACAGUCCACCACAGAAUUUCUCUAGAAAUGUCAGAGCUUAAUCAGUUGCUUAACAUAGGAAAGCAGUUGGUUAAUGAUGAAGUUGGCCUUGUAGUGUGCCAGAAAGUUAUCCAUCCAUCGUUGAAACAGUAUCUGAAAGAUAACCAUGUCAUUGCUGUGGACAGAGCUGGGCUAUCAGUGAUGGAACCCCUGAGUCAAAUGACAGGUUCAAAGCCUAUAGCUUCCAUAUAUUCAUUGUCUCCCAGUUGUUAUGGCAGUUUGAAGGAUGUGUGCGCCAAGAGUUUUGCCUCCAAACAUUUUGUGCACCUAAUUCCUAGUGAUACGGUUGUCUGCAGCUUAAUACUCUGUAACAGAAAUGAAACAACUUGGGAUGAACUGAAGCGUGCCUGUGAAACUGCGGAGCAUGUGUUACAGUUAACACUCAAGGAACCUUUGGCAUUGUUAGGAGGUGGCUGUACUGAAACUCAUUUGGCUUCCUACCUAAGAGACAAGAUUUGCAGUCUGUCCGCUCACAGUUCUAAAGAUGUGGAUUGUUCUCAGACACAAUACCAGUUGAUUGCUGAUGCUUUUUGCCACUCAUUGGAGUCUGUAGCUUGUUCUCUGAGUCAUGAUGAUGGAGAAAUUCUCACCGACAUGGCUUAUGGACACUGUUGGCUUGUUCCAUCAGGAUUUCCUUCUGUCUCUAAUUGGUCAGAUUUACUUUCAAAGUGUGGCUGUGGAAUUAACAGUAGCACUAAGAAUCUCAACUGGAGGCUUUUGCGACCUCUCUUUCGCUCUCCUCCUAUAGAGAGCUGCCCAAAAGAGCCUUCAGUAAAGGUUGCUGACUUUAUGACACUGGACUGCUUUGCUGCAAAGUAUAAUGGUCUGCAAGUAGCUGUGGAGACAGCCAAUUUGAUUUUGGAUCUCUCAUGUAUAAUUGAAGAUCAGAAUUAGCUCUGUGAUGUGAAUUCUGUUGUACAGUCAUAUAACUCUGCUUUCAAUUAAGAAUCUAUAACGUAUUAAGGUACUUGGGAAUGGUUGAAGUAUGGACAACGGACAAAUAUUAAGUCAAUAGUUGGCCAGUAAGUAUUCAUCUGAUUGUUAAUCUACAGACGUAGCAUUUUCAAGUGUUGAACAUCUUAGAAGCUGCUAAAUGAUUAACCAUGUAUUCUGCGAAGCACAGUAACAUGAGUUACAUGUAUUCUAAUUAGUAUAUUCAGAAGCGCAAAUGACUCUUCAAAAAUUCUCUAAGAAACUCAGAUGUUCUCCAGUGAAUAAUGCUGAAUUUAAAGAGGCUGUCUGAUGUUCCUCUUCUACAACACAAGGUGUUGGAUGUUUCUGUAAACUCUAUGGCCUCUUCAAAGGAAUGGGAGAAACUGAUUGACUUAAUGAGAAAACAUGGGUUAGAAUUUAUGUAGUCUUAGCAAGCUUUACACAUUCAGACACUUCUGUAUUGUGGCAAGACAUUAUUGUUAGUUUUAAUGUUAUAAGUAAAAAGAGAAGACCUUCCUUAGCAAAUACGUUAAGCAGUGUUUCUUAUUUUCAAAUUUUGUUCUGAAGAUGUUAUAGCCUUUUACUAAAUGCACUUUGUUUCUAAAUUGCUGGAAAAUUUUCAAUUCACAUGUAAUUUACUUAGCAAGGUAUUAACCUGAAUAUCUUAAUGCAGCAGGUAAUAACACAUUUGAAAAGAAAUGGCAGACUGAGGGUGUUAAAAAAGCUUUCAGACAGUGGACCCUUAUUGUUGUCUUUGGAAUACAAAACAGCUUAUAAAUAAUGUUUUUACCAUUUAAGCAAAGCUGCAAGAAUGUGCCAGUUACCAUUCACUUAACUCUUUGUGCAUUGCUUUUUCUAAUGAAGAAAGGCUUUAAGCUGCUCAGGUCUGUUUUGAUCUUCAAAUAAGGCUGUAGAUGAUUGAAACUUUCUCAUGUUCAGCAUGCAUACAAGAUCAAAAGAGGUGUUACAGUUUCUUCUGUUUUUUUUUUACCCCUUUUCUCCUCCCUGUGUUUUCAGUCACAGGGGACAAGUUAUUCAUGACAUGCUUUUCCAGAAAACAGAAUUACUUACAGCCUGCUUAUUUUUUCUGAUCUCUUAAGGUUUUAAUAUAUGUACUGGGUAUAAACAGUGACAUUGUCUUGUGUAACUCAGUUUUGAAAGGUGUAAUUAAAAGCAGAUCUUUCCAGG